AGCUACGCGCAACCUCCCAGUAGGUCGCCCGCAGCUCCCUACUGGCCAGGAUUCUCAGGCUAUCAGCCAGCCUGGACCCCAACACGCGAGGCAUAUGGCGGCUACAGCUUUGCAGAUAUGUGCCAGACAAGCGUCUCUUGUUCGAUCUACUCUGGUCUUUCCAACAGUAGCGAACAUGUCGGCAACUUUACCAGUGCCGCACGUACGAAUGAGCCCACAGUGCUUCCCAACCAAUCUGGAGGCACUCACAAUGCCUUCAUCGAUGCUCUCGUAUCCUGCCUGCUGAAGGUCAAACAAACACUAGCCGCACAACAAGGCUCUAUAGACGAAAUGCUGCAGUUGACAGCUCUGCUGGGUAACUACCAAUGA